GGACUGAACACUGUCAGUGUGUCACAGUGUGAGGAGACGCAGCUACCGCACAGAAAGCUUCCAGUACUCCAGGAUGUCGGUGAAGCUGCUCGGUCUCUGCCUGCUGCUGGAUCUGUUGUGUCUGAGCUGGGCAGACGAUCAAACGUGUCUCACAUCUGCCUCCAGCUGUGAUGAGUGUAUCCAGUCUGGCCCGGAGUGUGCCUGGUGCACCGCCCCUAACUCUAACAUCCGCUGUCAGACCUUGAAGGAGCUGCGGAGAGCCGGCUGUCAAAAAAGACACAUGUAUAACCCUCAGGGCAGGCUGCAGGUUGUCAAGAACGACAGCAGCACCGAACCAUCACUUGCCACAGCCAUGUUCAUCCAGCCCCAGGAGCUCUCCCUCCGUUUGAGGCCAGGUGUGAGCCACUCCUUCCCUCUCACUAUCACCAUGCCUACAGACCAGCCUAUCACAGAGCUGACCAUGGACACCAGCCCUUUGCCAGCAGGACUAAACCUCACGUUUAGUAGCAUCCUGAAGGGGAACCCUCUGGUCGUACAGGUGAAUGUUGAGGCUGCUCGGUGUCCCAGUGAGAGGGACGACUCAACCCAGAGGCAGAACAGGACUGGGCCCUGGUCUGUCCUCAUCACACCCAGAGGCUUUUCACUGAGUGUGAAGACGGAGAUAACUCUGGAGUGUCAGUGUGACUGCACAAAAAACCGUGAGAAAAAUAGCCCUGGCUGCAGUAACCGUGGUGAUCUGGUGUGUGGUCAGUGUGAGUGCCAGCAGCCUUAUGCUGGACAACAGUGCCAGAGGGACAGCGACUCAUUUAUUUCCCCAAAUGAAGACUUCUGUCGCUCUGGACCGAAUGCCCCUGUCUGCAGCGGUAGGGGAAAAUGCGUGGAGGGAUUCUGUGAGUGUGAGAGACGAGUCAACCCAAAAGAGAGAUACAGCGGGCGAUACUGCGAGUGCAGCAACUUUGACUGUCCAUACCAAAACAGCAGUAUAUGUGGAGGCCGUGGGAAGUGUGAGUGUGGACAAUGCAUUUGUGAUGAUGACUGGGCUGGUGAGGACUGCGGCUGCUCCAUGGAAACUGCUUCCUGUAUGGCCACAAAUCAGAAUCUGUGUAGCAAUAAAGGGAUGUGUCAGUGUGGGAAAUGUAUUUGUGAGCCACCAUACGCAGGCCCGACCUGUGAGGACUGCCCUGUGUGUCAUGGCAGAUGUAGGCAGCAUGUGGACUGUGUGGAGUGUCGGGCGUUCGGGACGGGGGCGAGGAAGGACAGGUGUGAUCAAGAGUGUGGCUACCUCACUGUGACACUUGUGGAGACACAAGAUGAUAUUCCUCAACCAGGAGAAUCUAUUGCUUUCUGUAAGAUGAGGAGCAGUGAUGAUUGCGUCUUCUACUACACCUUCUCCAGGACGCCCUCUGGAGGAGAGGCCACGGUGGUGCGGGCUAAGGAAUGUCCUUGAGGACUGUAAGAGGACAUCAGGAGUGUGUGAUCCAAGAGUCCAGUUCUUCCUUACGUUGAUGGAAUGCCUUGUCCAACUGCAACUCCAUGCAUUGGUUCACUAAACACUUUGCUUUAAUGUUUUGUUGUUCUAAAUCCCUACAUUUGUCUUAAUUAUGGUAAGAAAAAAAGUAAAUUAAAUCAUUUAAACCUUAAAAAUAA